AUACUCAUUCGAGGUCUGUGUCCGCAGACUGAAUCAUUAUCCUUCCGUGUAAAUAUGGGGGAAAAAAAUGGACAUUUAGUUUUUCUACGAAUUACAAUUUGGGACUUCAUUUGUCCGGGUGUCAGCGAAGGCACCGCUGAGUUUGUUGUGGUCCUGCGGGGCCGUGUCCGCCUCAACCAAUCAGAGAGUAGAAGGGUGGCGGUCGCGUCAUGUGACCACCUCCCACUUAGAUGACCACGCCCACUCCCUCCUCUCUCCCUGAUACUCGGCGCGUCUCUCAGACUUUAUUCAUUCCCUGCCAGGAACCCGACGCAGCAAAUCAACCAGAAAGCUCCAGAGAAUACGAAAGAAAUAAAGACAAAAACUGUCCUUCAUACAAGAAAUCCUCCUGCGACACAGGGAAAAAAAAGAAAAACGAUAAAAGAAAGUCGAAUCGCUGUCUCUUCUCGUAUUUUAUUAUAUUAUUUUCCAUUGAAAAAAUAAUAAUAAUAAAGAAAAGAUGAAGACCAAAUUUAUCAACGGGGUGUCUUCGUCCCCUUCCAUGUCCCUUGGUCUGCUGGUGACCGAGAACGCCCUGCAGGUCCAGCCCGACAUCCAGGACGACUGCAAGGACCUGGUGCGCGUCGACCAACCUGAACCGGACACCAGGCGCAAGGCCUAUCUGUGGUGCAGGGAGUUUCUCCACGGAGCCUGGAAGAGCGUGGCCGAGGACGACUUUCACAUCACCGUCAUAAGGGGUGGUCUGAGCAACAAGCUCUUCCUGUGCAGCCUCCCUGACAGCCUGGAUUGUGUUGGGGAUGAGCCGAGGAACGUCCUGCUGCGCCUCUAUGGGGCCAUCCUUCAGAUGUCCUGUAAUAAAGGGGAUUCUCGACAGUCAAACAAAGAAAAUCACUUCCAGGGCGCCGAGGCCAUGGUGCUGGAGAGUGUGAUGUUUGCCAUCUUGGCCGAGAGGGAGCUAGGACCCAAACUCUACGGCAUUUUCCCUCAGGGUCGCCUGGAGCAGUACGUCCCUAGCCGCAAACUGGACACCUGUGAGUUAAGCGACCCCAGCAUCUCUGCAGAAGUUGCAGAGAAGAUGGCCAAGUUUCAUGGCAUGCGGAUGCCCUUCAACAAGGAACCCAAGUGGCUGUUUGGAACCAUGGACAAAUACCUGAACCAAGUCAUGAGGCUGAACUUCACCAGAGAGUCCCAACUGCGCCGCUUCAACCGCCUGCUCAGCUACAACCUCCCGCAAGAGGUGGAUAUGCUGAAGUCUCUGCUGGAGUCCACUCAUUCUCCCGUGGUAUUUUGCCACAACGACUGUCAAGAAGGGAACAUCCUGCUGCUGAAGGGCCGUCAGAGCUCAGAAAAACAGAAGCUGAUGCUCAUCGACUUUGAGUACAGCAGUUACAACUACAGGGGAUUUGACAUUGGCAACCAUUUCUGUGAAUGGAUGUACGACUACACUUGCGAUGAGUUUCCUUACUUCAAAGUCAAUGCCCAGAACUACCCCUCAAAGGCCCAGCAGUUACACUUCAUCGAAAACUACCUGCGUGAGUUUGACCAAGGGUUCGACAACCUGAGCCCAGAGGACCAAAUGAAGGUGAAGGAGGAGAUGUACGUGGAGGUCAACAGGUUCUCCCUGGUAUCUCACUUCUUCUGGGGCUUGUGGUCCAUCAUCCAGGCAAGGCUGUCCACCAUCAAGUUUGGAUACCUGGAGUAUGCUCAGGCCAGAUUUGAUGCUUACUUCCAGCAGAAGAAGAUCUGGGCUGUCUAACGGAGUGAGACGAUUAGCUUGCAUUGACAACACAUUCAGUCAGAAAUGUCAGAAGGAAGACGUACAGGCUGAUAAAGAUUCCACGAUCCACGCUUUACUUACACUCCCUGGCCCUGCAGGGAUUAGCUGGCUACUGUUGGUGUUGUGUUGACUAAAGCCAAACCUUGAUCACAUGGCUAGGUGCUUAAAGUAUGCCCCACAGUCCAUUGCAGCUCAGUUUACACUGCGUAAAUACCUUAAGGCCAAAAACAAAGUUAGAAAGAAAUAACACUGACUUACUAACCUUCAUUGCCAGUCAGGAGUGCUCUCUGCUUCUGCCAUAUUUGAACCUAACUCAAUCCUUUAGAGUGGUGGACUUUGGUUAAGGCUAAGUCGGAAAUGUGAACAUUGCAUCAAUGUGUAUGUAAAGGUCAUUCCCUAAAGGAAAUGCUCUGUGGGAACGAACCAAAAUGAACUUCCUUGGGUAGAUUCCUGCUUUCUGAAGCAGCUGACUGCUAUGUGUAUUAUACAGUAUAUAUAGAUCUCAAUGUGCCAGUAGCCUGUCCACACUUGUUACUGAUGUUGGCUGGUGGAAUUGUGACUUGAUCAUCAGGUCCAGUUUUCUAGAUAUUACACACUUAACUAUUUGUUGGAUUUUUUUAAAUGGUUGUGUCUUCAGGCCAGGGCAAACACAGUUAUACUGUAUUUUCUUUUUUUUUUUUCUUUUUUUUUUAUGUAUGUGAAUACCUUCCUUGGCAACUCCAGCAAAUCAAAAUCAAAGGCAUCAGGUACCUCCAUUACAAUUUGGCCUUGUUCUUUGUGGCUUCCUUUCUAAUAAUACUGUGACUUUCUUUAGCUUUUCAAGGGAUACAGGUGUUGUGGAUUUAUAUUGUUAUUAUAGAUCACUGUGACAAGUAGAGAGCCUCAUCUCCAUAUAGUUUACACAUCAGAUACGAAUUGUCUGAUUUAGUCAGAAAAUCCAGAUGUUUUGUGUGUGUGUGUGUUAUUUUUGGUUGCCUGGUUGCUAAAUCCUUGGCGAUCGGAUUAUUUUUUUUCUUUUUUUCUUUUUUUUUGGUGUUUUGGCGCAAGUGCCUGCUGCCUCAGCAUUGUACCCAUAAUCUAGAAUAAUAAUGACGCAGGCAGUCAUGGUCACAGGUUGCACAGAUUUUUGCACAAAUUGCAACUGGGCAUCUGUGUAGUAGCCCUGUUAAAAGGGCAUUUAGUAAAGUCCAAGUCCUCACGUUGUCAAAUGGGUUGUCAAAAGCCUUCAUAUAUAACUAUGUCACCCUGUACAGACGGAUAAUUGCUCACUAUUGUGUAAAAACUGGUAUGGUGAGAGUGAAAACUGUGACUAAUUCAUCCAAAUAUCCAGAAACUCAUUUCGACCUCACCCAGCCAUUUUAAGUGAACCAAACAGAUGAGCAGAUGCGUUAUUGUACCAAUUUAUUAUCUGCUGCUAAGGCAGCUUUCACUUUGCCUCUAAAUUAACAGCUUGAUAAUUUAAAUUAUAGUUCUUACAUUCGGAGAAAAACACUUUUUUCCAUUCUGUUUGUACAGUAGCAGUCCUGAUUAAAUUUCCUUAUUAACAAAGACUACCCUGGAGAACAACUUCCCCCGCCCAUAAAUUUUGUUACGGGUCUAGAUUCUCUCUAUUGGAAGCUGAUCAUGUACUACACGAAUAAUGAAAUCACGAUAGACAGAAGAGUGGUUUUAGGACCAAUUGAGGCAUUUCUUUGUCAAACACUCGGGUGCUACCAGACUCAUAUUCUGAUAUGAAUUGAGUGUGGCUGUGCAAAGCUAGACCAUGACAGCAUAGCUUUUACAUACCAGAAAACAACUAUUCAAAUGCACUUUUUUCACAUUUAUCCAUAUUAGAAGUGAACAGUGAAGAACAAACUGACUAAAACUAAAAUUUAAACCUAUUGCUAAGCCCCACUUGUUAAGUUUUCCAUUCUUAUUCUGCUUAAAUAAAUUUUAUACAGCAAAAACAAGGCAGAUUUGACACUUUCAAUUGAUAGUUAUUUUUUAAAUGGUUUUGAAGGGCUCUAUACAAAAACAUGCUAGUUAAGCUAACAUUAGCAACACACCUAUGAAUGGGGUUUUAAAUAUGCACUUGAGAGCAACACAUAUAUUAUAAAAGCAAAGCAAAAAAAACAAAAAACACACACAAUAACAAUAACACAGACACUUUACUGAUUUUUUUUUUAAAACCCUUAAGUGAGCAUUACCUGUGAUGCUCUGUCACAUCUUAACCAAAUAUUACAUUGCGUAAAUACAGCAAUAGCUAAAUUUAUACAAAAUUAAGUCCUGCUAAAAGCUAACUAGCUUAGCUUAGAUUUCCAAUCAGAGAGUACAGUGUUGAGUCAGCUUUGUUUGACAUUAACCAGCACAGAGUUACGAGUUGUUAAUGUUAGCAUAAGGUCUAUUUUGACCUAGCCAUGCUCACUGUUGUGAUUUGCUGCUUAGUUUUUGAGUGGCACAUGUUUACGAUUGUGUUACAUUUGCCCCAGAGUCGGGCAUAACUGCAUUCCAGUUGAAAUCCUAGAUGGACGUCUCCAGGAAAUCCUUGUUGUGCUUGCUCUUUGUGACUACACAUUGAUAGGUCUUUGGCACAUUAUUCAGAUUUUUAUGCUUAAAAACAUCGUAGAAAAUAUGAUGAUGGAUUGGAUUUUGUGAUUCUUACAACAUUCUGAGUCAAAAAGUCAACGGUAUGGCUAUUACAGUUCCGACCACUUGCAGUUAUUUUUUGCUAUUGGGUUAAAAAACCUUUUUUAGCUUCCUCUUUUUGCCACAAAAUGUAGAAAAUUUACUGUGCUGCUACAAACUAAAGCUGUGCAACCAUCACAAACACUGAUGUUCAUGUCCACGUUCAUUCCUGUGAAGUCGUGGACAAUUUAGACGUCGGGAUAAGUUCUCUGUUUUAUCUGUGGAUUUAGCAUGGAAGCCACCAAAAUGAAUGAUGUGUGUGAAGGCUGCUUUUCCUGCGCCGCUGAGGGAACUAACCUGAUCACUACGCCAGUAAACCAAUACUGGAACCAUCCAAAGGUGUUUGAAUGUCUACUACUAUGGCACUUUUGAGGAAAUAAUUAUAGAAACAUUUGGGAGUUGUUGAACUGUGACUUUUAGGGUUCUUGUUUUUAUUUUAUUUUUUCUAUUUUACAAGUGUGUUUUAUUGUAUAUGUCAUUGUUAUGAUUUCCUUUUAAAUGGUUUGAAUGUAGAUUUUUUUCUUUAUCUUGAGACAGAAUGUGCUGUGGAUUGUACUGGACAACUAAAAAACUUAAAAGUGUUACUGGUACAUCUUGUUUUUUUGUUUUUUUUUCUUAUAUACCGUAUACUGGCACUUUCUUCUUCCUAACCUGAAUUAGUAUUCAGAAGUUAUUUUUUAAAAUUUAUCAUUUGCCCUAACUUUUUGCUACUGUACAUGCUGUUUCCAUCUCAUUUCUGUUGUAUUUUUUUUGUUUUACAUUUGCUGUAGAGAAACUGUGUAAUUAUUCUAGUACAUUCCAUAUUUGUCACUUCAGCUUCAGUAUCAUGUGCACUUUGGACCAAAAGAACUUAAAUUUGAUUGGAUCUUCCAGUAAAACAAGGGCAUCCGCCGUUCUGUUUCUAUUUAAUCACUAGAUAAAUCCAAAUAUGAAUAACUACAUAGUUAUAAUAUCAUGUAAGUACAUCAAGUUAACAAAAGACAUUUCUGAUUUUGGUUAAAAAUGUACUGUUCCGUGAUGAGAUGCUACAACUGCACUAUUAUGUGCAAUAACCUUUGCCAUCUAUGCAGCUACACUGAAUGCAUAUGUACUCACAGCAGCAUACUUAGUAAUUCAAAAGGUUGUUGGGUGAACUGCGGCAGCACAUAAAGACAAAUGACCUUGGCUGUAAAUUUACUGCUUUGCACAAAUAAAAGUUUAAAAAAAAAGAAAAAAGAA